ACACCGGGCCCGAUGAGGACGCGGUCGCUGAUGCACACCGUAAUUUGUCUUUCCCGCUCUCCGUGGCCAUGAGACAACGUGCCGAAACGUCGCUCACUCUAGCACCCGCGGGACAGCUGCCGGCUGACUUAUGCCAUGUUGCGCCCAGUAGUGACGUUAAAGUGAGUGGAGUGUGCAGUUCACUGCUGGCAAGUUUGUAAGUAUCUAUGACAAGCGUCGUACUUUGCCGACACGGAUACGUCCGAUGGAAGGCGCUGCGCGGAUUGUGAGGAUUUGGACGGGGCAGUGGCCUCGGCUCGUACUUCACUGCUGAGGACAUACAGACACGGUGCCUGCCAACCAACAUAGCCGGGCGAUGAGGUGCCGCGCGUGGGCCGAGCUCCUGGUCGUGCUGUUCCUGUUGCGAGGCUUCUGCUGCGCCGUGACCAUUCGACGUCUGAUCGUACCGCGUUGGGUCCGCAACGGAACCGAGACGCCCGCGGUGCUGGACUGCGAGUACGUGUACAACGAGAACGACCUCAAGCUGGUCGUCAAGUGGUUCUUCAACGACGGACCCGAGCCCGUGUAUCAGUGGAUACCCGAGAUGAGGCUCCGUGAGGCGUUCGGCGUGCUGCAGGGUCGCCUGGACGACACGUUCUCCGUCAACUCGCGCGACGUCUACUCCCAGUACCGCGCCAUCCGCAUCCUGAGGCCCACCUGGGAGCUCAGUGGCAAGUACACAUGCAUGGUCACGUCACUUGCUGGUCAGGACAUCCGUCAUCAGGACAUGACCAUAUUCGUGCCAGCCAAGUCCUUUUCCUUCAACUACAGCAGCUCGGCUCCGGGCUCUGCAUAUCAAUCCCGGUCCCAGACCGCGGAGAACGCCUUAAGACUGCUGUGCGUGGCACGAGGCACCUACCCGAGGCCCGAACUGAACCUGUAUCUCAUCAAGGGCGCCAAAAGGAGGUCGGCGGAUGAAGCCGGCUUCCGAACUUUCACGACGACCACUGUCGAGGAGGGCCUGUUCGACGUGGUCCUGCACGCCGACAUGCCCGACAGCCAGCUCUCUUCGAUAGCUGAUCUCUUUGAGUGCGUGCUGGAAAUUCCGCACAGCAACUACGCCAUCACACGAAGUAUGAGCAUCGCGCACGAACUCACGUGGGGAGCUUACGGCUCUUCCGGAGCUUCGUGCAUGCCAGUACUGUCGCUGUACUGCGUUGCCUUGGCAGUAAGCAUCUAUAUUGUUUCCACGCUACGCACAAACGAUGACAAUGACGGGAAGUGCCACGUCAACAAGGACUUCUCAAAGAAAGAAGAAGACACGUAGCGAGUGUGACAGUGUGUAGCAGUCCGUCACUGCGUAUUGGUGACGCAUUCUGGAAACAAGGUUCGAGGACAAGGUGCUUGCUUAGGAUGAACAGAAAUCACCGCCAACGCUGUGUGAACGUUUACACGUACCCCUCAGCGUCAAGGAGACACCAUCACAGAUCUAAGUGUGAAUGUUUCGACGGAGCGGCGCCGACGAGGUGGCAACGUUGAAAGUGGCUGCACGUGACGUGCGAAUAGCAGUCUUCAUGCUCGUCCAGUGGUGACCGCUGGCGUAGUCUGUGCAGUGAAACGGACGGAGGCACGUACCAGGACGUGCUGUGACGUUUUUGCGCGAAAGUACUGACUCGCGGUUCUACAUGUUCACGCGUGAUUUCGUUUACUGUGCGGAGGCUUUGCUAACGCUUAAAAUGACCUCAGAGGAGUCCGCACUGCGGAAAACGCCAUUGCGCGCAGAAACCUAGACAUGAUGUGGCCAACCGUAGGAGUCAUCGUCGAAACGUUUCGCGUCCGUUGAGAUGAAACUACAGACGAGAGUGCGCGCUUGUUUUCGCCAAAAUAAAAGUGAAGUUGUAAAUUGAAAGCUGUUCUCGAAAGGCAUUUUUUAGUGUGUGUGCAAGGGAAACAGAUUCAAACUCAACUAAAGAAGGGACAUUGUAGCGUUG